UGCGCUGUGCUGCUGCGAGGAGGCACCGUGACAGAAAUAUACCACUCUAGAGAGACCGCGAGAGAGAGAGAGAGAGAGAGAGAGAGAGAGAGAGAGAGAGAGAGAGAGAGAGAUGCACAGCAAUCAGAGACUGGCUCGGAGUUACUGGACUUUUUUUUUAUAGGAGAACGCAAACUGGGAUUACUCCACCUUUACCGUUUAUUUUCCUGAGCUACAACAACACUCACCUUCUUCAGACUGGUUGAGACUUGCAGCUUUUCUCCUGCUAGAUGAAUAGGAGUAGUUGGAGACUUCACUAGGUGUGUCUCUAAUGAGAUUAGCUCACGGCCCAACAGGAAUUAAGUGACGCCCCACCUCCCCAUGGCUCCGCCCCCCAUGGGUCGCCCCUCCCUUACCCGGCAUGCGGUGCUGCUGCUGCAGUGCAUGCUGGUCCUACGGGCUGGGGGCGUGGUCGGCAGGAGAGGUCCGGUGCUGCUGCCUGAGUCGCCCUGUCACCGGGCGGAACACCCCCUCAUCUCACACACAGAUAUGGAGCCGUGGAUCCACAGGUUCCGGGCUGAGGGCACAGUGGAUUACUCCCAGCUAACCUUUGACCCCAGCCAGAACGAACUGAUAGUCGGAGCCAGAAACCACCUCUUCAGACUCAAUCUGGAGGACCUUUCGUUGAUCCAGGAGGCGGAGUGGCACUGUGAUGAGUUCACUAAAGGAGCCUGCUUCAGUCGGGGCAAGUCAGAGGAGGAGUGUCAGAACUACAUCCGAGUGCUGCUGGUGAAUGGAGAUAGACUGUUCACCUGUGGAACCAACGCUUUCACACCCAUCUGCACCAACCGCACACUGACCAACCUGACAGAGAUCCAUGACCAGAUCAGUGGGAUGGCCCGUUGUCCCUACAACCCUCUCCAUAACUCCACCGCUCUGAUCACCUCCAGUGGAGAGCUCUAUGCUGCCACUGCCAUGGACUUCUCUGGCAGAGACCCAGCUAUCUACCGCAGUCUGGGGGGGCUGCCACCUCUACGCACUGCACAGUACAACUCCAAAUGGCUCAAUGAACCUAAUUUUGUCUCCUCCUACGACAUCGGGAACUUCACCUACUUCUUCUUCCGAGAGAACGCGGUGGAACACGACUGCGGUCGGACCGUGUUCUCGCGCGCCGCCCGGGUCUGUAAGAACGACAUUGGGGGCCGCUUCCUAUUGGAGGACACCUGGACUACAUUCAUGAAGGCGCGGUUGAACUGCUCUCGACCGGGGGAGAUACCUUUCAACUAUAAUGAACUACAGGGGACGUUCUACCUGCCAGAGUUAGAACUGCUCUAUGGGAUCUUCACUACUAAUGUGAACAGCAUAGCAGCGUCUGCAGUGUGUGCCUUCAACCUCAGUGCCAUCACCCAGGUGUUUGGAGGUCCCUUCAAGUAUCAGGAGAACUCUCGCUCCGCCUGGCUACCCUACCCUAACCCUAACCCUGACUUCCAGUGUGGUACCAUAGACUACGGCUCCUACGUGAAUCUGACAGAGAGGAACCUGCAGGAUGCCCAGAAGUUCCUACUGAUGAAUGAGGUGGUUCAGCCAGUCCAGCCUGUCCCUUACUUCAUGGAGGACAACAUCCGCUUCUCCCACGUAGCUGUGGAUGUGGUGCAGGGCAAAGACAUGCUGUUCCAUAUCAUCUACCUGGCCACAGAUUAUGGUACCAUCCGUAAGGUCCUGUCUCCUCUGAACCAGUCCAUGGGCAGCUGUCUAUUGGAUGAGAUUGAGUUGUUCCCGCCCAGGAGGAGACAGCCAAUCAGAAGCCUCCUGAUCCUUCACAGCAGCAGUGAGCUGUAUGUUGGGGUCAGGGACCAGGUCAUCAAGAUACCACUGAUGAGAUGCAACUUCCACAAGACCAGAGAGGCGUGUGUGGGGGCAAGGGACCCGUACUGUGGCUGGGACCUGGUGUUGAGGAAGUGCACCACUCUGGAAGAGAGCGUCAGCAUGAGCCAAUGGGAACAGAGCAUCACUAAGUGCCCAGUGCGUAACGUGACGGUGGAUGGAGGGUUUGGGCCGUGGUCAGGCUGGGGGGGCUGUAGUAAUACUGAUGGGGGCAGUGCUGGGUCCUGUCUGUGUCGGACCAGGGCGUGUGAAAACCCCACACCCCAGUGUGGGGGUCAGUCCUGUCACGGACUAAACGCGGAGGUGGCCAACUGCUCCAGGAAUGGAGCAUGGACCCCCUGGACUCUGUGGGCUCCCUGCAGCACCAGCUGUGGCAUUGGCUUCCAGGUCCGCCAGAGGUCCUGCAGCAACCCCACCCCGCGCCAUGGAGGACGAGUGUGUGUGGGGCAGAACCGAGAGGAGAGGUAUUGUAACGAGCACCUGCCCUGCCCGCCUCAUGUCUAUUGGUCGGCCUGGUCGGCAUGGGAACGCUGCACGGUGCCCUGCGGAGGCGGCAUCCAAUCACGUCGCAGGACCUGCGAGAACGGCAACGAGUGCCCCGGCUGUGCCCAGGAGUACCAGUCGUGUAACACCCUGCCGUGUCCUGACCUGAAGAAGACCACCCCCUGGACCCCCUGGACGCCGGUCAACAUCUCUGACAAUGGCGGUCACUACGAGCAGCGGUUCCGGUACACCUGUAAGGCCCGCGUCCCGGACCCUGCCCUGCUAGAGGUGGGCCGACAGAGGAUAGAGAUGAGGUACUGCUCCAGUGAUGGCUCCACUGGAUGCUCUACUGACGGAGAGCUGCUGCUGUCGGGUAAAAUCUCUGGCCACUCUGUGAACGGAGGCUGGACAUCCUGGAACUCCUGGUCUCAGUGCAGUAGAGACUGCAGCCGAGGGAUACGUAGCCGUAAACGGACCUGUACCUCCCCUGAACCACGCCAUGGAGGACAGACUUGCCUGGGACCUGCUCAGGAGUACCAGGAGUGUAACGUCACACCCUGCCCAGUGGACGGUAGCUGGUCGUGCUGGUCUGGCUGGUCUAAGUGUUCAGUGACGUGUGGAGGGGGACACUAUAUGAGGACGCGCACCUGCAACAACCCCCCACCAGCCUACGGAGGAGACAUCUGUCUGGGACUACACACUGAAGAGGCUCUCUGUAACACACAAUCAUGUCCAGAGAGUUGGUCUAAUUGGUCUGAAUGGUCCCAGUGUGACAGUGCUGGCGCCCAGCUGCGUGUCCGUCACUGUGACGUCCUGUUCCCUACUGGAAACCAGUGUUCAGGAAACCACACCGAGACCAGGGCCUGCCCACCUGACUCCAACUUUAUACCAGCAGAAGUCUCCAUUGCUCGUUCAAGUCAGGAGGAGAGAAGAUGCGGAGAUUUCAACCUGUUCCAUAUGAUCGCUGUAGGCCUGAGUAGUUCUAUCAUGGGUUGUUUGGUCACCUUACUGGUGUACACCUACUGCCAGCGCUACCAGCAGCAGUCUCACGAUGCUACGGUCAUCCACCCCAUCUCAGCAGCACCACUCAACACCUCCAUCACCAACCACAUCAACAAACUGGACAAAUACGACUCGGUGGAAGCCAUUAAGGCUUUCAAUAAGAACAACCUGAUUCUGGAGGAAAGAAAUAAGUACUUCAACCCCCAGCUAGCCGGGAAGACAUACACCAACGCAUACUUCACGGACCUUAACACUUACGAUGACUAUUAACCCUUCGUUGGGCUACAGCACCGGGGAUACACACCCUUGUGUAGACAACAACCCCACUCCACUCACUUUGACUAUGUCCUAUUUUUUUCCGCUUUGUGGUUUCUAAUGUAAUUUGUGACAUUUUAUGUGGGACCCUCCUACUCUGGGACCCAUUGGUAGCUGCCAUUCAAUCAAAUUACAGACAGUGAUGUCAACAAAGGGACAUGCCCACUUUACUUUCCUUCAGGUGCUCUGAUGGGGUUCACUGGGAAAGUUCAACUUCGGAAAACAAAAAACAACAAGAUCCUGACUUGACUCUCACAAACAUGGAGACAACUGGAAUUUCGAUUUCCAUGGAAGGAAGGGAAAAAAGGAAGAAAAAAAAAGGUUUUAAAGAGCUGUCUGAAUGGGAUGGAUCUCUCUUUGAUUUCCUGUGAACUAUCUGAUUCCUGAACUGGUUCUGGGGGGAAGAAAACCACCUAACUGCUUUGCAUGAAUUCAUCUGACAGUUUUCCAUGGUUGGUCACAUUCCACUUACUGGUCUGUAGUCCCAUAACUGCUUCUUCUGGGGAGAGGCUAUACGGACACGCCUGGUGCCCAAAUUGAUGACGUAUGUCGCACAGCUGAGAGUCGAGUGAAGACGAACGGAUUCAGUUCAGUCAGUUGUCCUGAUGAGCCCUUCCCAGCUAGCUAGUUUGCUUUUGGCUAGAAACUUCAGCGUGAAUUUGAAACUUGUCUGCCGAAGUUGGGAUUUGGGAGAGUGUUCAGAAUCAUUCAGUUUUAUCAUAAUAAUAAAUAAAUAAAUAAUGUAGAUGUAAUGCCGUAGCUGUAAAUUUCCGGUGCUUUAGCUGUCACCCUGGCCUGAUAUUGGCUUCACUAUCUAGCUACUUCCCUCUCCUAGCUGCGGAAAGCAGGAGUGAAGCACACUACCCCGUGUUGUUGUGUCGCCGGCUUGUAGCGCAAAUUCUCCCUAUUGAGCAGUAUACUGUAUCACGGUAACAUCCAGAUGGUUACUACCAAUAUUAGUAGGCUGCUAUCCUACUCAAAAUAAAAUCAAGUGGGAUGGUUAGGGUCAUUUGCACCGGCUUGUCGUUACGUUAGCUAAUUGGCAUGUCACAGUGACAUCCAGAUGGUGACCAAUAACCUACUACUACUUUCGCCCUCGCCCAUCGAAAUAAACAUCACUUUCUUUUACAAGUUGUAACUAGCGCCAUGCUGCUGUUGUUGCCAGCUAGCCAGCAUAAACUAGCUAACGGGGAAGGGCUCAUCAAGAUGACAGACUGAAUCGAAACCAUUUGUCUCCACUGGACUCUCAGCCAGUGUUGCCAACUCCUCAGCAAGGAAAGUAGCUAUUGGCUUUCCUAAAAGUCGCUAGAAGUCGCUAAAUG